AUGUCGCAAUUUAACGCUGCACAGUUGUUGUCGGUCGAAGGACUGGUUGUCGUCUUAACCGGCGGAGGAACAGGAUUAGGUCGCUCAGCAGCCCUUGCCCUAGCCGAAAACGGUGCUGCCAAAGUCUUCAUCCUUGGCCGUCGAGUAGAGGUUUUGCAAGAGACCGUGUCUUUAAGCAAGAAAGACACAAUCAUUCCAGUUCAGGCGGAUAUCACGUCGAAAGAUUCUUUGCAAGCAGCCUAUGAAACUGUCGCAGCACAGGCAGAACAUGUCGAUCUACUUAUAGCCAAUAGCGGCUAUGGGGGGUUGCCAAUGUCACCGUUAGGGCCAAAGCCGGACGGGUCAAUCCCCAGUCUUCUUGAAUUCCGCGAUCAUCUGUGGUCCUCUCCCGAAGAUGAUUUCGGAAAGCUUACGGAAAUCAACGUGAAAGGGACUUUUUUCACCGUUGUUGCAUUCUUGCCUCUGCUCAACGCAGCAAAUGAGAGAAGGCCGGCCCCCGUGAAAGACCGGCCCGCCGCACCCACGGCACAGGUCAUCAUAGUUGGUUCAGUAGCCGCUCAUUUUCGAAAUGUGCCUUAUAGCAUCGCAUAUAAUAUAUCCAAGGGGGCGGUGCAUCAUCUGAUCAAGACGCUGUCCAACAUUUUCACACCGUACAAAAUCCGUGUGAAUGGUACAGCACCGGGGCUGUUCCCUUCGGAGAUGACGACGAUAGCGUUUGGGAUCACCGAGUCAUCAGCCUCGGAUGGUGCCUUACCCAAGAGUGUAUUCCCCCCCGGCCGAGCCGGUCGCCAUGAAGAGUUCGCAGGCUUGGUUCUUUGGAUGGCUAGUCCCUCUGGGGCAUAUGCCAAUGGCAAUAUCACAAUCAUCGAUGGAGGUUGGCUGAGCACGUCGUCAAGUUGUUAG